UGUUUAUGAAGACUAACUAUUUUAUUACAAUGAUGAAAACAUGUUUAAAUUGGUUACAUUUGCGUAUCUAGCCAAAUUCAUGUGACUAUUCAUUUUUUUACAAACUUAUAAUCAUGAAGAAAUUAUCUCACUUGUAUUUUCCCCCUGGACUCUUCUUGCUAGGUUCUCUCUUAUCUUGCUUAGCCAUGGCCGCCCCCAACAUUACUUCUGAUCAAUCAGCCCUUCUCUCAUUGAAAGCCAAAAUCACUGGGGAUCCUCACGAAUUCUUGGCAAGCAACUGGUCGGCUACUUCCUCAGUUUGUGACUGGAGAGGAGUCACUUGCGGCUCUCGCCACCGUAGAGUCACUGCCUUGAAUAUCUCCAACUUGGGCCUUACCGGCACCAUUCCUCCACAACUGGGCAAUCUCUCCUUUCUCAUGUCCCUCGAUAUGAGCAGGAACAACUUUUACGGAGAACUUCCCCAUGAAUUGAUUCGUCUGUCCAGGUUACGAGUCCUUAGUUUAGGCAUUAACAUGCUUAGUGGAAAUAUUCCCUCUUGGGUUGGUUCCUUUCAACAACUCCGACACUUUUCUCUAAAGAACAAUAGCUUUACAGGCUUUAUCCCACCUUCUAUCUCCAACAUGUCAAAGCUAGAGACAUUAAUUCUGCAGGUUAAUUCUCUUCAAGGAGCAAUACCAAUGGAGAUUGGGAAAUUAAAAAAGUUGAAGCGAAUUGCCCUGGACUAUAAUCAGCUUGCCGGUUCUUUGCCACUGGGGAUGUUCAAUAUUUCCUCGCUGGAAGCUAUUGCUCUUCAAAAUAAUAGCUUAUCUGGCAGUCUUCCAUCCAGCAUAUGUCCCCGUCUUCAAGGACUCACAUGGCUUGACCUUGGCCUCAACAAAUUAAGUGGUGCGAUACCACCAUCGUUGUCGGAAUGUUCGAAGCUUCAGGUACUGAGGUUGGAUGGCAACCAUUUAAGCGGAGUGAUACCGGAAGGAUUUGGGAACUUGACGGCGCUAGUGGACCUACGUCUUGCCAGGAACAAUUUGAUUGGAGUGAUACCGGAAGGAUUUGGGAACUUGACGGCGCUAGUGGAACUAUUUCUUAGCAGCAACAAUUUAAGUGGAGUGAUACCGGAAGGAUUUGGGAACUUGACGGCGCUCAAGCAACUAUAUCUUAGCUGGAACAAUUUGAUUGGUCGUAUUCCGCAAGAGCUUGGCAACCUAAGGCAUCUUGAAGAACUUGUUUUGGGCUUCAAUAGCCUAACUGGAUCCAUACCAGCCCAAAUAUUCAACAUCUCGACACUGCAAGUACUGUUCCUACCGAAUAAUACGCUUUCGGGAAGGCUUCCAUCAUCCAUGGGUCAUGGAUUGAUCAACCUUGAAUGGCUUGAUCUCCCUUGGAAUGAGUUUGAGGGAGUAAUACCAGCCUCAAUCUCAAAUACGUCUAAGCUGACUAUUUUAGAAUUGAGUGGAAAUAGAUUCAGCGGUCCAGUUCCAAAGUCUCUUGGAAACCUAAGACUUCUAAGAGAUUUGCUUCUCGAUGAUAAUCAUUUGACAACUGAACCUUCAUCGAGAGAAUUGAGCUUUAUUAGUUACUUAACAAAUUGCAAGUAUCUGGAAAUAUUAGCUUUUGGUGGAAAUCCGCUGCACGGUUUUCUUCCGAUAUCAGUUGGGAAUCUCUCAACUUCUAUGGAGAGAUUCUAUGCAGAUGGUUGCGGAAUCAAGGGAAGCAUUCCCGAUGCAAUUGGGAAUUUGAGCAGCCUAAUGAUUUUGAAUCUAGAUGGAAAUCACCUGAGUGGGCCCGUUCCGAGCAUAAUGAAAUCCUUGCAAAAUCUUCAAGUUUUGGAUUUGGGUGCUAAUCAAUUAAGUGGUUCAAUUCCAGAUUGCAUUUGCAGCUUAAAGAGAUUGUACCAAAUUGAACUGUGGCAAAACCAGUUUCGUGGGUCAAUGCCAUCAUGCUUAAAUAAUAUUAGUUCCCUGAGAGAAAUUGACUUUGCCGGGAACUUAUUAGACUCAAGCAUACCUGGUAGCUUGUGGAACCUCACUGAUCUCUUGAAGUUGAACCUGUCAUAUAAUUCCUUGAGUGGCUCACUACCUUAUGAAACUGGAAAUCUGAAGGUAGUAACGCUAUUAGAUUUGUCAGGAAAUCAGCUUAAUGGGAAUAUUCCAAGUUCCUUAGGAGACUUGCAAAGUUUAGCAACGCUUUCAUUAGCACAAAAUAAACUUCAGGGACCUAUUCCAGACUCUCUCAGUCACGUGUUAAGCUUACAAUUUUUGGAUCUAUCCAAUAAUAAUCUAUCAGGUCCAAUACCAAAGUCCUUGGAGACACUUUUAGAUCUCAAACACAUUAAUCUUUCUUUCAACCGCUUAAGAGGAGAAAUUCCCUCUAGUGGUCCUUUCGAGAACUUCACAUAUGAAUCAUUCAUGUCUAAUGAUGACUUGUGUGGCGCUCAGAGGUUUCAUGUUCCUCCAUGUCCUUCUCCUCGGAUUCACAAAUCGAGUCAGAAGAAAGUAUUUCAUAUGCUAGGCAUUCUAUCAGGUAUUGCAGCAACAAUAAUUGCUCUUACAACUGCUGCAAUUUUACUUUUAAGAUGCCGAAGAAAGGAUGGGAUUUCAAGAAACACUAAUUUGUUGCCCGUGGGAUUGCCAAAAAUGAUUUCAUACUAUGAACUUGUGCAAGCGACCAAUGGUUAUGAUGAAAGCAAUUUACUUGGCAAAGGGAGUUUUGGAUCUGUAUAUAAGGGUACUUUGACGGAUGGGACAGUUGUAGCUGUGAAAGUUUUCACUUUACUAGCAGAAGUCACUUCCGGGAGUUUUGAUACAGAGUGUGAAGUUCUACGCAACCUUCGCCACAGAAACCUAACCAAGGUGAUUGGUAGUUGCUCUAACCUGGACUUCAAAGCCUUGGUGCUUGAUUAUAAGUCCAAUGGGAGCCUUGAGAAAUGGUUGUACUCUCACAACCAUUGCCUGGAUCUGCUGCAAAGGAUAAGCAUAAUGAUGGAUGUUGCUUCCGCAUUGGAAUAUCUCCAUUUUGGUUAUACAACACCAGUGGUUCACUGCGAUCUGAAACCUAGCAACAUAUUACUCGAUGAAAGCAUGGUUGCUCAUGUGAGUGAUUUUGGUAUGGCAAAGUUUUUGGAUGAAGAAAGUAGUGUCCUGCAUACCAAGACACUUGCAACGCUUGGAUACUUGGCACCAGAGUAUGGACUUGAAGGGCAGGUGUCAACGAGAGUUGAUGUGUUUAGUUUUGGUAUAGUUUUGAUGGAAACCUUUUCAAGAAUGAAGCCUAGUGAUGAAAUGUUCAAAGAUGAUUUGAGCCUGAAGAAAUGGAUAGAAGAAUCUCUACCUAAUGCAACAGUUCAGGUUAUAGAUGGCAACUUACUCAGGCAACAAGAUAAGCAUUUCAAUCAGAAAUUGGAGUGUAUUUCAAUGAUCUUCAAAUUGGCUUUGAGUUGCUGUGUUGAAUGCCCGCGAGAUCGGACUAAUAUGAAGGAUGUUGUGGCGGCACUUCAAAAGAUAAAACGUCAACUUGAGUCUUUUCCGAAUAUCUCGGCAUGAAAGAUGAUGCCAAGAUUUGAAACAGCAAGCAAAAUAAGUUAUAUUAUCCACCUUAAGUUUGCUGAUAUAUCAAUAAUAUAUUAUUGAGCUGCCAAAGUUUUUUUUUUUCUAGUCUCUAAAAAUCUUGUUCUGUCAAUCUAUUUGUAUGUGCCCAAUUUUAAGUUCAUUUUCUUAGCUGUCAUUUGAAAGGCAACCAGAGGAAAAACUGCAUUUGCAUGGUUCUGUUUCAUGACAAUCUUUAUCAAUUCUGUCCUUCAAA